CCGAUCAAAACCCACUCGAGAAAUCACGAGCACGCUUGCGGCGAUGCGACCCCUCAGCGUAUGUGAGUCGCAGCGACGGCGGUCUCGGUGGAAGGCUCCUCUGUAGUACGCCUACAGACGGAAACCCUAGCGCAUCUUUGAGACGAUCUCGACGAGGGCGUCCUUCAGGGUGGUGAACCGGAACCGUAAGGAGGUCAGUACUUCUAGCUGGUAGGAUGGAUUUGUUGGUCAGUGUUAUUAAGAGGGAACUAAACAAAUAUACGUCACCUGAAGAGGUUAUUCGAAGGGGAUUUCGAACGAUUCGCAAGGUUCCACAGCAUAUUCGUGAGGUCGAUAGGAGUUCCUAUGAACCGAUUGUUCUUUCAAUUGGUCCAUAUCACCAUGGAACGCAGGCUUUGCUACACAUGGAGAAGGAAAAAUGGAAAAGUUUAGAUUUCAUACUGAAACUGAAUUGCAAAAGAUCGAUACAGGACUACCUCAAAGUGACCGCUGAAUUAGAAAGGCAAGCUAGGAACUGUUAUUCUGAGGAGAUCAAGAUGGAAAGGAAACAGUUUAUUCAGAUGCUUCUGCUUGAUGUGUGCUUUAUUCUUGUUAAAAUUGAUGGAUCUGUUAUCACUGCAAUGCAUGACUUAAAUAAGUAUGGACGGAGUGCUGCUCAAGAAGUAAAUGAUGAUACUACAGUUCAAGAAACUGGAGCAUCAUUAAGACCAGUGAAUAGUGACGCAACAUACGUCCGGAGCUUGUCUGCAAAAUCUAUGAACCAACAUGAGGAAUUUGUGCUAGAAAUGGGACUAUGCAACGAGGGUGUUAGUUCUUCCACAGCCGGAAGAAAUAACGUGCCGAGUGAUGAAAAACCUACCAGUCCAUGUGACUCUUAUAUCAUGGGAGAUUGGUACAGUAUUUCAGCCUGGCAUGAUCUUUUUUUGCUAGAGAAUCAGAUUCCAUUUUUUGUCAUUGACAGGAUAUACAGAUUUGUGAUGGAUGAUAUUACGAUAGACACAUCACCUGCUGAGAAAACUUCCGAAUGUGUUGAGGAUAUCUUGAGGCACUUCCCAAUAGCCAUUGAGGAGACAGAGAGACCUACGCAAUUUCACCAUUUCCUGCACUUAUGCCAUAUGUACCUUAGACCAAGCCAAAAGACUGGAGAAAUUGAGGAAGACCCAAUAAGGCCUGGGUAUUUGUACCACCUUAUAAAUUUUGGCCAUAACUAUGCAGAUACUGCUCAUGGACCAACGAAAAGCCGCCAGUUUAACACUUCAAGACAACAAAAGGAUUGUUUCCAAGCUGGCAUGUUGCCUAGUCGCUGGCGUCAAGCAGCUCAGUACCAUGAAGCUGGUAUUGGACUUAUGAAAAGAGAGUACCGUUAAUAUGAGAGGCAUGCUCUCUUGGAUAUCAAAUUCAGCAAUGGAGUACUGGAAGUUCCAUGUAUUCCUAUCGAUGAAAACACUGAGUCUCUGUUUAAGAACUUAAUUGCAUUUGAACAAGCCGACCCUCGAUUUGGGAAUGACAUA